UCUCAGACAUGUUGAAUAUCUAGAUAUAUCUUAACAAAGUAACAUGGUCAUUUCUACUGAGAACAAACUUCUUGCUGGUCAUGGUAGUCUCCAGAGCAAAACACUCAAGAAUGCUUUUCUUGAGACUCAUUCGUUGCGAAAGUCUUCGAAUUCUUUGCCAAGUCUUGGUUUGAAGAAGCCUACCUCUUCAACAAGGAGCGUUCUCCUGGAUAAAUUUUCAUCAAACGUUAAAGCUUCGAAACUAUCAUCUUCUAUUCUCGAAAAUAACCUAUUAAAGGCAAAGGAGAAUGAAUAUGAUGUCAGAGUUUCAAAGGAGAAGUUGGAAUCUAGGUUUUCAUGUGAGAACAAGUUGCUUACUUCGUUGAGUAAACCAUCUUUGAAACAAGUGACUCAGAAAAAUGCGCCAAGAAAGUCGCUAGUGAAUCCCUUGCUUGCAAAUUCUAGUCUGGUGUCUACUAGAAGAGAUUUAAGAAACUCAAGUCUAUGUGGUAAUCUGAAAACUGGCUUAAAAACUACAAAUACACUGUUAGCUCCCAAUUUCAAUCUUGAACAGAAAAGAAAUAUUGUGGCUUCGAGUUUUGGAAUCACAGGAGCUAAAAAUCAAUCUGGGGAAAAAGUUUCGAUUUGUGAACAAUCAAAUGUUAAGCCAUUGGAUGAAAACGAUUUAUUAGCGAUUGUUCCAGAGACUGAUGAAAUAAACUUUCCAACUAUAGAUGAAUUCAAGCAAACAUUGCAAGAAGAUACAUCUCAACUUGUUAUCACGAAAACAGCUUUUAUUGAAUGUGUUUGCACGUCCUUGAUAAACAAUCCUAUUUGGUUUAAUCCAGUGGACGCCACUAGAUCGAAGUUGUAUGAAUUAUCUGAAGCAAUUUCAAAUUCCGAGCCUGAAUUUGUUCUAAAGGUAGCUUUGUAUUCAAGAGUUGAGCUUAACAUAAGAGCAACAAGCAAUUUUCUACUCGCAAUAUCAUCUUUUCUUCCGCCUUGCAGACCAUACUUGAAAAAGUAUUUUAAUAAAGCUAUUAUUCUUCCUUCAGAUUGGAUUCAAGUUGCCGAGUUUUAUCAAAGUCUGUCUGAUCCUUAUGGAUCUGAAGGUAUUAAGACAUUACCUUCUGCUUUGAGGAAAGUCAUGGUGACCAAGUUCCCCAGUUUUGAUGAAUAUGUACUCGCAAAGUAUAACAAGGACAAAUCAAAAUCAGCAAAAAAGAAGAAAAAGGGAAAGAAAGGGAAAAAUGAGAGUAAGGAAGAAGAGAAAAAAAAUCAAAAGAAUACUGAACGAGAAAGAAAAAUUAAGGAUGGUGAAAAUGAAGAGGAGGACGUGAUAAAGAAGCUCAAACUUUAUAGUCCGAGUUUUACUCUGAAAUAUUUGAUUCGAAAACUUCACAUAACAAAACCCGCUCAGGCAGUCAUGCGUAUCAUAGGAAAAAAGUAUCCCGAAAGCGUCGAAUCUUUUUACAAAUGUGGAUUAGAAGGAACUUGGGAUUCUGCUCUUUCUGGGAAACGCAUGAAACUCGAAGUACCGGAGACAUGGGAAACACAAGUCUCUUCUAAAGGUAAUCUCGCGAAAACAUGGCAAGAUCUUCUUGAUCACAAGAAACUCCCUUUUAUGGCCAUGCUGCGAAAUAUCAGAAACAUGAUUAAAGCAGGCAUAUCAGAAAAACAUCACAUUCAAGUCAUCAAGAUAUUGACCAAUGAGAGAGCAGUUACCAGAAGUCGUCAAUUUCCUUUCAGAUUCUUUUCAGCGUAUGAAGUUUUAUCUGAGCUAGAAAAAGAAAUUGAAAAACAGGAAAUGUAUAAAAAACACGGAUUAAAAUAUUUUCUAAAAGGAACACAGAAAUACUAUUUGAAUAGAAAAUUUGGCGAUCAACAGACCAAAACAGCUGAAGAAAAACAAGUUGACUUUAUAAGAAAACAAGUCCAUAAGAAAUAUGGUAAAGAAUUUGCAUACAAUCAAGAAUUGAUCAAUCGAUACAGGAAAGCUCUGGAUACUGCUGUAAGAAUUGCAACAGUUAGCAAUGUACCACCAAUUCAAGGUCACACAGUCAUACUUUGUGAUGUCCGUUAUGAUACAAUGCAAAAACGUUGCACCAGCUCGAAGGGCCUUGGCUCAUCACGUACGCUUGCUGAAGUUGGGCUUCUGCUCGGACUCAUGUGUGCUUAUUCAUGUGAGGCAUGUACAUUUCUCAUCUGUAGUGGUAAAAAAUACAAAAUCAUUGAGUUAGAAAGUGGAGGGAUUUUGGAAAAUCUCCAAAGAAUACUUGGAUUGGUAAACGUAGUACAGUUUGAAAAGCAUGGAUUCAUACCAACAAAAUUUUUAGAUAAAGUUUUGCUAGAAAGAAUGAAGAUGGACAAUUUACUGGUGCUGUCAUCAGCCCUUGAAACCCACGAAAAUGUGAAUCUCAACAUGUUUAUGGAAAGAUACAGAGACAAUAUUAAUCACAACCUAAUGUGUUAUGAGGUUGAUUUAGCAGGAAAAAGAGCUUCUGUUUCUAAUGAACGAGUUUCUGACAACAUCUUGAGAUUUAGUGGAUACAGUGAUCAGAUUUUGAAAUACAUUGCUCUCGGCUCAGGAGAAGGACAAUUGAAUUUUGUUUCCAACAUAGACAAGAAAUAUGAGCUUACAAUCAAUGAGGACAAGAAUAUAAGUAUUGAGAAGUUAGCUCCAGUUUUGAUUGAUGCACCUUUGCCCAAACCAUGGCGAACUGUUAGAGUGUUCAUCUCUUCAACUAUCAAAGAUAUGCUAAGUGAAAGAGAUGCUCUCGUACAUAAAGUUUUUCCUGUUCUUCGAGAGCGUGCUAAAAAACUACGCUUGAAUGUGAUCGAAACUGAUUUGCGGUGGGGAAUUACGGGAGAAGAUAGUCGCUAUGAUCGCAGUGUUGGUAUUUGUUUACAAGAAGUUCGUAAAUGUGAUAUUUUCAUUUGCAUGCUCGGGGAACGAUAUGGAUGGAUGCCAAAAGAUUAUGGAUUUCCUGAUAAAGGUUCUGAAUGGCUGGAAGAUUACCCGAAAGGAAGAUCAAUCACUGAAAUAGAAAUUGCUCAAGCUGAGUUUAGCAAGAAGGAUUGUUAUUUCUAUCUCCGAGACUCUACUGACCUAAAAAAUUUUAUGCCAAAGUCUAUGAAACCAACAUUUUUUGAACAAACUUCAAACAAGAAAAGUAAGCUGCGAGAUUUGAAACAAAGAAUUGAGGACAAAUAUAUGGAUUCACACGUUCAAACAUAUUAUCCUACGUGGGAAGGCAUUGUCGAUGAAGUUCCUAUUGUAAGAGACUUGAAUCAAUUUGAAGACAUGAUUUUAUCUGAUAUGAUGAAAGGUCUUAAAAAGAUUCAGAGAAACGAUGCACAUUCAAAAAAUGAGAAUUCAAGUGUUUUUACUGCAGAAGAUGCAAUUCAAAGCCAGAUAUUAUCUCAGCAAGAAUUUGUAGCAAGAUCAUCUUUGUUAUCAGCAUUUUUCAACAAAGUCGCAACACGGAGGAAAACUUCAGAGAGUCCCAUUGUUGCAUUGGUAGGUAGAGUCGGAAGUGGGAAAUCUUCACUUUUAUCAGCUGUGCAUAAAAAGCUAACUACUGAUAUGCAAAAUGUGAUUUCUUGCAUUCAUUAUGCUUCUGUGGGUGGGCUAGCAUCAACCCCACUGUAUCGUUUCUGUUGUCAAGUCGUAAAAGCGUACGGCAUUGAAGACCUCAACAUUCAAAAUGAUAUGGAUAGCCUGAUUGGCAUUUUCCCCAAAAUGAUGGAAAAGAUCAAAAAUAUAACUAGAAAAGCUCCGUUACUUUACUUGUUAAUAGAUGAUAUGGAUGUGGUUGGAGAUAGCAUUGACUGGCUCAGCAAACUUCAUUAUGAAGGUUUCACAAUUGUUGUUACAUGUGUUGAACAAGGACUUGCUCACAAAGCUCUGAAACACAUUCCUGGAACUGUUUUUCAGCUGAUGCCAGAUUUGUCCAUGUCGGAUAAGCGAGCGAUUGUAAGAUCAGUUUUAGGAGUCCACAGCAAAAAAAUUGAUGAAUCUCAUUUCAAUAACCAAUUACAAUUGUUACUUUCAAAACAUGGUUCAAAAUAUCCACUCUACUUGAGUAAUGUCUGUGAAAUGAUAAGAGUGCAAGAAACUUUUGAGUCUCUUACUAAAACUCUGAAGACUCUUCCUCAUGACUUGGAUGCCAUACUCGAGUUACAACUUUGUGCAGUCGAAGCAAGAUUUAAAAGUCAUCCUGUAUUGGUAGGAAUGGUAUUGGGUGUGAUUCACUGCUCAAAGAAAUGGGGUAUUUCAGAAGAAGACUUGUUUUCUGCUUUAUCACUGAGAUUCAGUAAAGAAACCACUGGCGAGGAAGAAGUUUUAACCAAAGCUGCCUUCUUAGCUGUCUUAAAUUCUUUGAGAGGGUUUUUUGUAUCAUCUGAAGAUGAUCGGGGCAUGCUUCUGUCUAUUAGACAGUCAGUACACCAAGAUGUAGUUGAAGAAAAAUACAUGGUUGAUGGAGAAUUCAUUAAAUCCUGUCAUAGAAUCCUUACAGAUUUCUAUGUCAUCAAAAUCCGAGAAAAUUGUGCAGAAAAAAGAAAUAAUUUGUAUGAAAUUGUAACAGCUUUGACAAGGCUUCCUUUUCAUUUGGCAAAAGCUGGUGAACAAAAAGCAUUGAAAACUCUACUUGUGGAUUUCAAUUUCAUUGCUGCAAAAUGUAAACUAGGACUUGGUUUGCAAUUAUUGGAUGAUUUUUCAUUGAUAGAGGCUGAAAAGGCAAAGAAAUAUAUUACAAAAAGGUUAGCUGUGAAAAAGAUGACGAAACCAUGGCAAGAAAUGUAUAAAUUUGUGAGUUCUUGCAUACACAUUAUUGCAAAAUAUCCAGAGUUGAUAUACCAGUAUGCUCUUAAUCAAGUGAAAGAUUCCUACCCUUAUAUCACGGUUUCUGCUAUGUUAUAUCAGAACAAUCAAUCUGAAAAUCAAUGCAGAAUUGUAUGCUUGGAGGGAGGAGUAGAAUUAGCUUCGCAGUGUAUCCGUACCUACACUACAGGCAUGGUAAACGAUGUUCGUACUUGUGUGUCUACACAUUAUGAAAGUGACUUUGUGGCAUGGGGCUCACAAAUAGGAAAAGUCAGUAUUCUCAGGAAGGAUAAUGGGUUGGAGACAAACACAUGGAUAGGACAUUCUGAUGAAGUUACUGCCUUAUGCUUUAUAAAUAAAGCAAUAUUUAUUUCAGCAUCUGCAGAUGGCAUGGUAUCAAUAUGGAAUACAGUUGAAGGAUACAGAGUUCGAUCUUUCAAAGCUCAUAAUAGAAAAGUGAGUGAUGUUAAAGUACGUCCUCUCAGGCAAGGCAGCUCUUCUAGAGUUUUCGCCACUGCAUCACAUGACCACUCCAUCGCGCUAUGGAAUGUUUCUAAUCUCAAAUUUGUCCAUCGACUUCAAACAAAUAGUUCCUGUGUCAACUGCAUGGAUUUUCAUCCAACGCAGGCAAGAAUUGUAGCAGGGUUGUGGGAUUCUUCUAUUCGUAUCUGGGAUGUUCAAACUUUGAAACGUGUUGCUGUUAUUCGUGGCCAUUCUCAUGCUGUUUCGUCUGUUCAAUACUCUCUUUGUGGAAGAUAUAUUGCAUCUUGUUCUAUUUUUGAGUCUGUGAUAAGGCUGUGGUCUGCAGGUGCUGGGGUCCCUCUUGGUAAUUUUGGUGAAACAUAUUUGACAUCACCAAAAUCAUUGACAUUUUCUCAUGAGGGAGAAUACAUUAUAGGAGCAGGAGAAGGGACAAAUGAAAGCGUUUCUCAACUUGCUGUAUGGAAUUCUCAUCUUGGCAGAAAAGAGAUAUCAUAUAUGGUACCUGAUCCAGAAGACUUUGGCAAUGCAUUGUGCUGCCAGUUUAACGAUGGAAAAAAUCUUUUAGCUGUUGGCUUUCAUGAAGGAUACAUUGCUGUAUAUGAUCCAUUAUUACCAAAUAGUUUAUUCACACAUAAGGUCCACGAAUCUGCUAUUAAUUGCAUGACAUGGACAAAACCUGCGCGAUCUAAUGACAUGUUUUCUGGUAUUUUCCUAUUGGGAGAUGCAUUUGUUCCAGAAAUGAUUAUAACAGGAGGUGCGGAUUGGACUUUAAAGGCUUUGAAUCCUGCCGGGGAAUCUGUACAUACUACAUUCAAAGGGCAUAAAGCCCCUGUUCUUUCAGUGGAUUGCAGUGCCAAAUGGGUUGCUUCUGGAGGGGAAGAUUUUGACAUUUUGUUAUGGAGUAAUGAUGAUCUAUCUGCCAGACCUGAGGCAAAUGAUAUUUUUGGUAAUGAAAUGCAAAAUGUUGUGCAGGCUAAUACCCAGUCCGAUGUAUUAAUUGAAAAGAAACCAGUAAUUGUAAGCUAUUCAAAAGCUCUUCGUGGACAUGAAGGUCCGGUGUCAUGUUUGUGUUUCAAUCCUGAAGGAACAAUGCUUGUAUCUGGUGGUCGUGAUGGAAAAAUUGCUUACUGGCAUAUUGGUGGUCUCAUAACACAAACAAAUUCAUCGAUUCAAAUGCAGGUACAAGCGAGACAAGGAAAACAUGAACAACAACAAGACAUGAAGCCGUUAGUUGUGAUUGAUCAAGCUCAUAUGGACUGGAUAACAUGCUGUUCAUGGAAUGAUAGCAGUGAUCAUAUUGUCACAGGAUCUAAUGAUUCCACAUUGAAAAUAUGGGCUUGUCCUCAAUUGCCUUUUUGUACAGGAAAAGAACAUACAACACCACUUCAUAUAUUAAAAGGUCACGAAUCUGGUAUUGCUUCUGUAGUUUAUAAGUUUGGUUGCAUUGUUUCUGCUGGGGGAGAAGACAACACAAUCAAAAUUUGGUCUCACAAAGGAAUUGAAAUAACUAAUCUUAAAACGGAAUCUAGAACCAAUUGCUGCGAUGUUACUUUGCAGAUUGAUGAAAAAGAUAAUGAAGAUGAACAGGAAGCACUUAACUUUGACGAUGAUAAACCAGAAGACCCCUUGAAUUGGGCGGAUGAAGUUGAAGUCGCAGAAUGGAACGAAGAACAUGAAAAACGCAAACCAGGCGCGAAAAGAAAACGAAAAGCAGUUGCUGCAGAAAUGCAAAAUUUUGAUGUUGUUUGUGCAAGUAACGAUGCACAAAUAUCACUUUGGAAACCUUUAGUUGGAAAUAAAGUCGUUACAAUGAGUGAACAGGACAAAUCUGUGGAUCAAGUUGUAGUAAAUGGUGAAGAUGAAUUUAUUUCAUGCUCUUCAAAAGGGAACAUGAAAGCUUGGAGCGUUUUACCUUCUGGUAAAGAUGACCAAAUACAUAAUGGUGAAGUUACAUCGGUUAUCGCGUUUCAACACAUUGUAGUAUCAUCGUGUGAUGCUGGAUUUGUAUAUUUAUGGCAAUUUGAUGCAAAUAAUGAAUUGACUUUGGCAUAUAAAGCAAAAGGCCAUAGUAAACGUAUCACAGCUAUGCAACGCUUGAAAGAAAAUGCAUUUGCUACUAUAUCAUAUGAUGCACAAAUUAUUGUUUGGCUUAUAAAUUGCAAUCAAGAUUCAGAUGGAAAUUCUCAAAUCCAUGUCAGUUUACAGAAAAAAACAAGUUAUAAAUUUUCUGACCCGCUUAUUUCUCUCCCAGCUUCAUCUGGGAUUAAACAAAAGUUAGAUUUUCUCAUUGGCGAUAUAAAGGGGAAAAUAUUUGAUUGUUCCGUUGAAGAAAAUCUUGAGGAAAUCGAAACAUUUUCAAUGAAUUUAGAUGAUUUACAUGGACACAAACUUCUGGCAUGUGUUAAUGAUUCUGAUUUACAGCCUACUGUUUUUAGGAUGACCGACAAGGGUCGAAUAUUUGAUGCUACUGAUAUUGCUUUGUCUAAUGCAGAAUUCUUGCACUCAUUUGCUCUCGUUGAGGGGAUUUCUUCAAAGAGGAUUUUUAUUGCUGGAAGUAGUAAUGGAAUUAUUUACAUGCCUCUGGCUAAUAUAACAAAGAAGCUUCAUAAUGACCGAAUCUCUGUGAUACUGGAUUCCCCAAACACCAUAAUUACUGGCUCUUACGACUGUACUAUCAAAGUUUGGACCAAGCCAGAUUUGAAACAGAUUGGCCAGUUUUUCACCACCAGUCCUGUUACAUCUGCAUGUUGUUUCUCAGAUUCAAGCAUUGUUUAUGGAGAUUCCUCUGGAAAGAUUCAUACAUUGAAAUUGCAUUUUAUGACACUGUAAUAUAGUGAAGCUAAAGUUCUCGAAAACGAAUCAAGACAAUCCACAAUGUCAACAGAAACUAUUCAAUAUAAACAUGUGUACCGAAGAGCUAUCCUUUAUUUCCGUCUAAGUCAAGUGAACUAUUUUGUUGCAUUAUUAUAUAUAGUGGGAUCCUAAUGUUAUAGCUGGUGCAUAUACCAUGUUUUGCUUGCUGUUCCAUUUGUAAAGUAAUAGACUAUAUAUAUAUAUAUAUAUAUAUAUACAAUGUAGAUUAGUCACCACUAGAAAAUCUGAUGUCAUAAUUUUGUGUAUUUGUUUUAAUUAACACCUCAUUUUGUCUGAAUAUAUUGAACAUAUUAAUAAGAGUGUAUUGUUCGAUUUUUUUUUUAGAUUUGUCAUUUCACCUAUUGGUAAUGUUUCAAAAAAUAGAUUGAUUGCAUUGAUUUGUUCACUCAUAUAAUAAUGCCUCGUACUUAUUAGAUCAUGCCAGUUUUAUUAGGAUUUUCUCACCUUUGCUGAUUUGAAUGUCGAGACUUAGAUAGAUUGCGUGGAUUUUUCCACUCGUACAUUAAAAUUGGGUAUUUAAUAAAUAAACCCAGUUUUUUUCACGAUUAUGUGUUGUUAAUAUUGAUUAUGAAUGAAUCAAAAUUUUGCAUUAAUAUAGUCAUUUGGAAUUAUCAUUAUAUUAUGAUUGUAAGUGAUUGCUGUAGUUUCAUAUCAUGCCACUGUUUAUAACAUUUUGAAUUACCGUAUGUGAUUCUAUAUAGAAAUAUAGACCUAGAUAGAAGAAGGCUAUUGAUGAUAUAUGAGUGUUAAAAAAGUAAUGCAAAAUUAAGAUAAAAUUUUUCGUCAUGAAAACGUUAAAAAAGUAACUAUUAAAAAGCGUCAGUCGAGGAAUGGCAUUUCAUCGUAAUUUAAUACUAUUAAAAGGUGUCAGUGGUUAAAUGUUUUAAGUAGCAUUUCAUCUUAACUUUUGUUAAUUUUGCGUUACUUUUCCAACACCCUGGUGAUACUAUAUAGUAGGAUUUCAACAAAUCUCAAAUGUGUUUGAUGAUGUUCUUUCUAAUCUGAAUAAUAUAUUUGGCCAAAUUGUAUUGCUUACGAAACAUUCGAAUUAAUUAAUAUAAAGGAGUAUUAUGUUUUGGUAACUUUGUGAAAAUCCAUUUAUAUAUUUGAUUUGGGUUUGAAAAAAUGUUAUAUAUUGCUGUUUAUAGGCAUCAUUGGUUGUGGUGAUGUAACAGUAUUACUUUUGUAAUAAAAUUAUUAUAUGUAA